UCCUUCACACAAUUUCUUCUGUUGGAGUAUCGAGUGUUGCUGUUCACACUCUCUGUUUUUCUCCAGAAACUCACUCUGAAGUGUGUAACUGCGUCAGGGACCAACAAAAAUCUAAGCCCAAUUGGCUUUCCUUGUUGUUUCCUUCUCCAUUUGAUGCAACAGAUCCUCUCUCUCUCUCCCCCUCUCCCUCUGUGUAUAUGUACAUACAAGAAUUCAUCAACUUUUCUAAGUAAAAUCGAAGAAAAAUACUGCUAUCUUUUCUGCAGAUACCCGAUUCCAAAUACGCUCCUGCCGAAGGGGUUGAAUUAGGAAAACGAAAAGGGUUGUUUGGAUAAUCUCUUCUGUGUGUGUGGGUUUGUGUAAUGGCUGAUGUGAUUAAGUUUUCUUGCAACUCUAUGAGGUCGUCUUCAUCGUCAAUGUUAACUUGGCUCUCUUCCAAUUUCAAUUCUUCUCAACGGGCUUUUCCUCCCCUUCAUGGACUGCAAAGAAGGGUGCUUUCUGUUUCAGAUGUUUCUUGUGUUGGUUGUGAUUUUACUUCUCCAAUUGUUUUCAGACCCCGCAAGCGAUUUGCAUCUUCCAAGAUGCAUGCAACUCUUACUGAGACUGAGCAACCCAAGUGGUGGGAAAAAAAUGCAGGCCCAAAUAUGAUAGACAUUCACUCCACACAAGAAUUCUUGAAUGCGUUGAGUGAGGCUGGAGAUAAGCUAGUUAUUGUUGAGUUCUAUGGAACAUGGUGUGCUUCUUGCCGAGCACUAUUUCCCAAGCUCUGCAGAACAGCAGUGGAACAUCCAGAGAUUUUGUUCUUGAAAGUCAAUUUUGAUGAAAACAAGCCCAUGUGCAAGAGUUUGAAUGUAAAGGUUCUCCCUUAUUUCCACUUCUACCGUGGAGCAGAAGGACUGCUCGAUUCCUUUUCUUGUUCCCUUGCCAAAUUUCAGAAAAUAAAAGACGCCAUCGAAUUACACAACACAGCUCGCUGCAGCAUCGGUCCCCCUAGAGGCAUUGGCGAUCUCACCCUUGAAAGCCUCUCUCCCCCGAAGGAGAAGCAAGCCGAAUCAUCUGCAACAUAACACUUUACAGUUGAAGAAUUUGUCAAUAUUGGUGCGUUUGUGCUAUACAGGACUCAAAUAUAGCAAGAAUCGAUGAGUGAUUUUGUAUAAUAGUAGCGAUUUCUAGUGGAAAACGGAAUCUAACAAUGUCUCCUACUGCAUUCUUUGUAUAGGCUUGUGGCCGUGUUGUAAACAGCGAUAUUCCACUGGGUGGAGUUGGAUUCAUUUCUGGCUAUAUUACUAUGUUAAGAGAAAAUUUCAAGUACUUUA